UAUUACCAAAAAUAACUAAACUAUACUCAAUACAGGAACAAUUACCCACUUGUUAUAAUUUACGAAUGUGGCUAUCACUCCUAUCUCUGGUUCAAUAGAAAAGUCAUAUUCUCCACUCAAAUGUCCCGCGUUUCGAGUAAAGACAAGGCGAGUUCCCACAGUUCCCUGUCGCACAGACCUUCCCAGAAACAUCAACAAGCGAAUGAAAACGUCUGCGAUGUUAACUUCCAGUGUUUAUCCCCGAAGUAUACAGACAAAUACUUCAUAAAAACAAAAGAGUCCUCGACAAUUCCAUCAAACUCCCUGAAUUUCUCAAAACAGCAGGAACAUUCCUAUUCAAUAAUCUCCGCGACGAGAGUUGAGCAACACCGUGACUUCCUCACCAAACGUUCCUGACGCCAUAAAAAUAUUCCCAAAAAAUCAAGUUAGGACCCAUGAGCCCAUAAAAAUGGAAACAGAUCAGCCAUCAGACCCCACUCUCUGCCGGUUGGCAGCGAUCGCAAUUUCCAAACACCUGUGGAAGUACUCACACUUGGGAAAGCACCUGGAGUCCUAUCUCGACGAUGAUAACUGGGAAGAGCACUUGCCCCUCGCUGUAUCGAUAGCAAUGGACGAUUUCGAAGUCCCUGAGCCAGCGAAAGAAGAACUGCAGUUCGCAGUGGGAUCAAUGGGGUACAACAUAUGCCUUUUUUUACUGGAAAUAGUUAAGUCGUACAUGUGUCUGGCCCCAGAGGACUCCCUGUUGAAAUGCGAGCUCAUCGAUUGCAUGAACCACGUCUCCUGGACGACUGAGGGAUCCCUGGAUAGAGCUGAGACAAUGAGAUCAUUGUAUUUCGCGGGAGUUCUUCGAGAGAAUUUUGCCACUCGGGAGGAGCUCUGCGACUACUGUCUCGAGGACUGCAUCACUGAUCUCUGGCCCAAGGUGGAGGAUCUCACUCAGUACGGAGAGUGGAGCCUUCGACGAGGUACUGCCUGUCGCUCUGAGUUCACUGUGAUUCUUGCAGCUUACUGGACUGCUCGUAUGAGAGACGACGUGGAAAAUGCGAUUGACGUUGUCUUUCGAGAACUACCCGAUCAAUUUUACGAUGAAGCCUUUUCCCUUGAGGAGAAUAUGGUCAUCAAUGCGUUCCUACGUGAGCAGUACUGGGCGGUCAAGUAUUUCUGGGGCUUGUUGAAUGAGCAGGAAAGAGUGAGAACAAUCACCAAGAUCUGUGAGAAUAUAGUCUCUGAUGAUCCUAAUGCGCAGGGGUAUAAGGACUUGUUCUUUAGAGAGAGGAGAAUAAAGGGUGAUUUACUCGUGUUUUUCCUGCAACAGUUGUCUCGCUAUGGGUUUGAUGAUGUCAGGGCUAAAAUAUUGGGCUCUGCGUUUGUGCUGCUGCAGCUGCUGGAGUGGCCUUAUGAUAAUUCAUUCAUGAAGACGCUCAGGGAAUCCUGGAUUCAUCACGACUCCAUCGAUUAUGGCCCCAUUGUUGAACGUAUUUUUCUAAAUGUGUGCAACUGUAAAGAAUAUCAGUUCGUUGAACAUGAUGUCAAGUAUCACAGGAUUUUCUGCAGGCUUUGGGAGAUUAAUCCCCAGAAUUUGAAGAGUUCGAUUGAUUAUAAGGAGAGUCUGAGUAAUUUGUGGGAAUCGGGAAAUGUCGCGUUGUUGAAUCUCAUGUUGAGGGAUAGAGAGUUGAAGGACAGGAGGGGGGAAUUCUUGAAGGAACUAGCGACGGUUUACGGUUAUAGUCGACCGCGUAAAUCUUUUUUCAUCAAAUUUCUCGGGGUUGUUUUUGAUUCUGCAGAAGAACGAACGCAGUUCUGCCGGCAAAUUGCCGCGGUCGAGAGGCAAUAGAACGAAGGCAUACACGUGUGAAAAAAUUCAAUAGAAAGCCUAGGGAAUCCGCUAGGAAAUUGUAUUGGAAUUCUAUUGGAAUUCUAUAGGACUUAUAGUGAAAAUUCCAUUGGUUUUUUAUGCUGAUUCUAUUGGAUAGUCGAUAAGGAAAAGUCAAUAGAUUUCGAAU